CAAAUUUUUAAGAAAGACUUCAACUUCAAAGACUUGUUAUUGCUGUGUGUGUUUUGUAGUCGGUCUUCUAUGUUAUCUCUUUUUAAAUCUUCUUUCUUUAAAAUUUCCACCUUUCUUCACAUUUGUUAAUAGGCAAAAAAAAUGGAGACGACGCUAUUUAAUGACGAUGGAGGAGACCCGUGGCUUGCUCCAGACAAAUUCUACCACGUAAUAUUCUGCUUCACCAUAUCUCUCCUCUUCUCAACUCUCGCUUCUCUCUCCCGCUACUCUUUCCUACGACGUCACUCCAUCUGGAUCGGAUCUGCCUUCUCACUCGCCGCCGGUGCGGCUAAAGAAGCUGCCGAUCAGUUCGGUAUCUUCCCUUCAGCAGGUGCCUCCGCUAGAGACGCCGUCGCGGACGCCGUUGGAGUUGUCGUCGCUGCUCUGCUUCUCUUCCUUUGGAAAUCUCGAAGAUCACGUCCGGAUCCGGGUCAAACCCGACCCAUCCUGCCCAUUUGAAUGUACUAUUAAUUAAUUUUACCGCAUUUGUUACUGUGUGUAUUGAUUACAGACUAUUAAAUGAGAAUCUGAAUUUUUUGGAAUUACUGUCGUGAGAAAACGAUGUUUUACUUUACUGUGUAUUGAUUAUAGACAA